AUGGUUUCCGACCGCUUCUUCGGCUUCCAGGGUCAGUGUACUCCAUUUGUUGCAUUCUGUAAGCUUCUGCGUGCUCAUACCGCCGUCUUGCUUCCGCUGUAGACACCGCAUUAUUAUGCGAUCAUGUCAUCUCGACCCUCUUUUCGGUCGGCUCAUCCUCGGCCAACAACGCGCCGUCCACACCUGUCUCGGUCGUCGGCGGGCUCGAGACACCACCGACCUCACCUCCUACUAGCCCUAAGGACCAACCACCCAUCUUGGGCGAGUUCAUUGUGAGUGUGCAGCUCCUUUGUUUUGCAAUUGUUUCGUUGUGCAUCGACCACGACAUCUCGGAUGCGGACCGGCAAUUCUUUACGCCGCCACCGGUCUGUUUUCCAUCGUGAUCAAGCGCGGGGGGACUGGCGAGAUGCCCGGGCAGGAUCAUCAUCGUCACGCCGAUCGCCCAGAGUGGUUGUGAAUGAGCGUGCUUCUCGCCCUGUUCAGGCGCUGGCGCGGGCGCGCUCAGGGCCGCCCGCCGCCAGGCCGCGCGACUCUUAAGGCACUCGGCGCUGCGCCGCGUGGUGGCGUGCGACAUGUGAGACCGGGGGCAGGUUCCACCGGCCUUGCCCGUGUUCGGACGAACGCAUCGCCGUCCCGCGAAGCCGGGCAUGAGACGAUCGCCUUCUGCGCCUUCUGGAACCUUGUAGACCUUCGUAUGCUGACCGAAUCAUUUGGGACAAUCUAUCACUGCAGGCAUACGCAUUGUACCGAACACGACUACCCACCAACAUCAUCUACCAGGCCUUGUUGUUGCUCUCUCGCCUCAAGGCUCGCUAUCCGUCGGCCCGAGGGACCUCGACGUCCCCUCACCGACUAUUUUUGUCGUCAUUGAUGCUCUCUUCGAAGAUCUCGAUGGAUGACACCUACUCGUAAGUUGAUGCAUUUAUUUUCCGCUAGCCCAAUACCUACCUGCCCCAGUGUCUUCGGAUACCGUAGCGUGACUUGUAGUGCACGGUCCCAUGUCGCUACAUUUUCACGUGCUCCCCGCACCGCCCCUCGUUCCCCACCCGAACCUGGCCGAAGCCGGAUGGCUGACCUCAAAUCUUGCUCACUUUGUUUGUUGGGAUCACAGGAACAAGUCUUGGCAAGUUGUUGGUCAAGGACUAUUUUCACUUCGUGAAGUGAACCAAAUGGAGCGCGAGUUGUUUGCCUUCCUUGUAAGUACCGAGCAGGCGCGGAGCGAGAUCGUGCGCAAUCGGAAGCUCAAAUUCUAACUUCACAUCUUUCGUUCGCCACUUGCAGGGCUGGAAUGUCGUUGUUCGUGACGAGGAGCUCGCAGCUUGGGUUAGCGAGGUCGUCGAGCCUUACAAGGUCGACCGAGACGCCGUCAGCUCCCCUGUCCUCCGCAAGGCCAUGGAGGAGCGCAAGCGACGACGCGACGAACCCGCAUCGGCUUCCGCUCAUUUGCCUACGCCAUCGCCGUCCGUCUCCAGAUCACCUUCACCGGAUUCACUUCGACACCGCAGGGCGUCCGACGCCGCCAUCGCGAUGCUUCAUGGUGCCAACGCCGCCGUUCCUUCUUCGUCGCAGCGCAGCACCCGGCAGUCGAGGCGUUCGCGUACCCGAACACCGAGCUAUUGCUCCUCGCCGAGCUCUUCUCGUGGAUCAUCCGCUUAUUCUUCCUCAACUUCAUCGCCCGUCUCCGGAGCCACAACACCUGGGUCGCCUAUCACCCCAGCCGGACCGCUGACGCCGAGUCACUGCGUCAAAUCUUUCCCCGAUCCUUCUGGCGAGACCAAGCACACCACAACGUCGACCCCCGCCAGAUGUGAAAUCGCGUCAUGGUGA